UAGCGAGUUUCAUUUCUAGUCAUCUACUAGUGCUCUGUGAGUGAGAUUCAUAUUCAGACAGAGACGAGAAACUAUAGGGAAUGUGAUUGAUCAAUCAACGAAACGAAGAAGAAAAAAUGGAGGUCGAGUUAGAGCCUCGCGUGAAGCUUCUUCAAUUCGAGGUAAAAGCCAUGUCCAGAGAAUCUCCUUCUCAGAAGGCUCUCAACGUUCUUGACUCAGACCUCCGUUCUCACUGGUCCACCGCCAUCAAUACCAAGGAAUGGAUUCUACUCGAACUCAAUCCAAAGACAUUUCAAAAAGUUCGCCCACGUUGUGAAGCGCCCAGACGCGACAUGACCUACCCUACAAAUUACACUCCAUGUCAAUAUGUGAGAAUAUCUUGUUUGCGAGGAAAUCCCGUUCCUAUUUCCUUUGUUCAGUGUUCCAAGUGUUGUCAUCUGUCAUUUCUAAGGCUGUUGACAGUUGACUACUUCAAAGCAUCCAGGACAACUUCAAAGCAUCCAGGCAAUAUCAGUGACUCUGAAGUUUACAAAAGUAGUCAACUGUCACGAGCCCUAACUGUUUCCUCUAACUUUGAGGCAUCUAGAAUCAUUCAGAAAGUCAUUGAUCCUGAGCAAAAUGUGCCAUCCCCUCAAAAUGUACUUACUGACCCUUUGGAGGAAAAAUCAAAGUUGGAACUUACUAGUCCUUGCACUUUAGUUGAUUACUCGAACCUGUUUGGCGAGGAGUUCAGAAUGACAGAUGAGCAUUGGGAUUGCAGCUAUCUUAACGUAUUGGAUAUCGGGGCCGUGGAAAAAGGGAUCUUACAUGUUCUUUAUUUUUGUGCAGCUCAGGUUCGUACCAAAUUAAAUGCUAUAUAAUUACGGUGUUUCAAUUUUAAUGUUAAUUUUGCAGCCUUUUAGUGAGACAAGGCUUGAAUGUUGUUCUUGCUGUAUUAGUCAUGUAAAUUCCAAUAGAUUUUGGAUCUCUAGUUUUGUAAGGAAGUUUUGGGGGGCAAUGAAAAGAAGAAUACAAACAACAAGAUAUUGGUUAAUUAUUAUUAUUUUUUAAAAAUUAUAGAAUUCAUUUUUGAAAUAUUAUUGUUGAAAUAAUUGAUUUUGCAAUUACCAAUAUUAAAGAAAUUGAUUUCUGUUUGGGAUGGUUAAAUAAAAUCACUUUUGAAGUAUA